CCCUCCCCCUCGGGGGCGGAGUUAUGUGUUCUGAACCAAUGGCCGGUCGCCUCUGAGGCCACGCCCACUCCCCGCCCCCGGAGUCGCGGCGUCGCAGAGUGCCCAACCGCCCGGCGCCCUGGCCUGGGGCAGCGCGAGCGCCCGAACCUGCGGCUGGACACCAAGAUGCCCGGUGAACAGCAGACGGAGGAGGAGGAGGAGGAAGAGAUGCAAGAGGAGAUGGUGCUGCUGGUGAAGGGUGAGGAGGAAGAGGGUGAAGAGAAGUAUGAAGUGGUGAAACUCAAGAUCCCUAUGGACAACAAGGAGGUCCCGAGCGAGGCGCCAGCGCCGUCUGCGGACCCGGCGCGCCCACACGCGUGCCGGGACUGCGGCCGCGCCUUUGCACGCCGCUCCACACUGGCCAAGCACGUCCGCAUACACACGGGCGAGCGGCCCUUUGCGUGCACCGAGUGCGGCCGGCGCUUCUCGCAGAAGUCGGCGCUGACCAAACACAGCCGCACCCACACGGGCGAACGGCCUUACGAGUGCCCGGAGUGCGACAAGCGCUUCUCGGCCGCUUCGAACCUGCGGCAGCACCGGCGGCGCCACACUGGCGAGAAGCCGUACGCAUGCGCACAAUGCGGCCGCCGCUUCGCGCAGAGCUCCAACUACGCACAGCAUCUGCGCGUGCACACGGGCGAGAAGCCGUACGCGUGCCCGGACUGCGGACGCGCCUUCGGCGGCAGUUCAUGCCUGGCGCGCCACCGACGCACGCACACGGGCGAGCGGCCGUACGCCUGCGCCGACUGUGGCACGCGCUUCGCCCAGAGUUCGGCGCUGGCCAAGCACCGGCGCGUGCACACAGGCGAGAAGCCGCACCGCUGCCCUGUGUGCGGCCGCGGCUUCGGCCACCGCUCCAACCUGGCGGAGCAUGCGCGCACGCAUACUGGCGAGCGGCCCUAUCCUUGCCCCGAGUGCGGCCGGCGCUUCCGCCUCAGCUCGCAUUUCAUCCGCCACCGUCGCGCGCAUAUGCGGCGCCGUCUCUAUAUCUGCGCCGGCUGCGGCCGGGACUUCAAGCUACCAGCUGGAGCCACUGCCACCGAGCGCUGCCCAGAUUGUGAGGGCAGCUGAGCCGCCAUUUCUUUUCUCCGCGGGGUGCGAGCCUCCAGGUGGGGAGAGGCACUCUGGGAUCUUAACCUGGGGCUGCGUUAAUCUGGACAACUCCCCGCCCCACCACCAGCGUCUUGAAUAGGUUGGGACUGGCAGGCCUGGCUGCCCUGGAACUGGGAGACAGGAUUCCCCUACCGGGAUCCUUGGAAACGUGCCCACUUCCCCCUCAUUACAUCCCCUCCGCCCAUGUUAGAGUGAAUAAAGUAUUAUAUCCUCA